UCGACCGGCGCUGUCAAAGCAGCAAUUCAAACACGCGUAAGCCCUUUCUCGAUGUCAAAAUUUGUUCCUCUUCGCGAAGCUAAAAUUCAAAAAUUCCCCACACCAAAUUGACGAAGAGACUCUCCUGCCUGGGGGUGCAUCUGGUUACGCUCUGGCUGCUGGUGCUACUCGUUCAUGCCGCCCGGAAAAUGAACGACUAUCUGCAGAAUAUUUUGCACAGCGACCUCUCCGAGCUGAAGAAAGAGUUUCCCCUGUUCGAAACGGACGCGUUUGACGUGCCGAGAAGAGGAAGACGUGGCGAGGAGUCGCUGCCACCAUCGGAGACGAACGAUCCCUAUUCCAAAGCACUGAUUGCUACGACCCGCGAUUUGAACGUUAUUCAGCUGGAGCCAAUCUCGAUUAAGUCCGAAAAGAAAAACCCUCAGAUAGUGAACGUCAAGCAAACAUUCCGCUUCCCAAACAAUUUCAUAACCAAGAAAAACUCGUACCACUCGUACAGCCACGGACGGCGGCCAAUGGUUCCCCGGCACAUGUACAGCCAGACCAGCAAAACCAUUGUCGAACUGUACGAAGCCCAAAGACGUGCCGGUGCCGGUGAAGUUCGUUCCGUUCUGUCCCCACAAAAGUCCGAAUCCGGUGGCUUCGACAGUGACAGCGAAACCGAGUCCGACAUAUGUCUACAACAAGCGAGCAAUCGAAACACUUCCUACACCGUCGUCAGCGACCUGUCAAAGAAAAGCCACCAUAAACAAGGUGCAAAGCCGGUAGAAAUGAUUAUGAUCAAACCAAAAAGCCACCGGACGGCCGUCCCCACGACACCCUACUUCAACGCAAAGAAAAAACGACCCGUGUCCAAGCGGAAAUACACCAGAAACUAUCCACCGCCUCCGAAAUCCCCGAAGCGAAAAACCAAAUAUUCCAGCGUCAAACAGGAAAGCAUCGAUCCGGGAGAUAGCACAAACAAAGACAGCUACCAGGAGGACACCGGUAACUCAACGUCGGAGUUUUCGAACCCAUCGAACGAAUUCCUGGAUGACGACGGUUGCUCAAUCUACGGAACGCUUCAGAUAAGCAAAAUCAUCGACAAGCUGCAGGACAACGUCUGGGAUGUGAAUCUGCACGGCAUUCGUGAGCUGAUGGAAACGGCCAGUCAGAUCGAUUGGAAAAAGUACGAGAAGCACAUGACCAUCAUCAACAGGAAGAUGAUCGAUUUCCUGAAAAGUCCACGAUCCUCGUUGUGCCGAUCGGCCUGUCAGGCAACCGGGGAACUGUUCCGGGAGGCAAAAUCCACCAAACGGCCGGAAUUCGAUGAAAUCGUAGAUAUUCUGCUGUGCAAAACGGCCGACCCGAAUCGUUUCAUUCAAAAGGACGCCAACGUGGCCCUGGACAAGUUGGUGACGUACAUUCCGAUUUCCCACUCGGUGAGGGCGCUUUCCGCUCGCGGUCCGGUCCACAAGAAUCCACUGGUGCGGAUAGCCACAGCAAGACUGUUGGUUUGCAUCUGUGCCCUGUCGGGACUGGACGCAAUCUUGGGCACAAAUGCCAAUCCGAGAACACGCAAGGCGAUCCUUACCAUCCUGGCCAAAUUUCUAACGGACAAGAAUCUCGAAACGAGAAAGUUUGGCGAACGGCUGUACAAAAUGCUACGGAAGCACAAGUUUUUCAACGAGUAUUUCUACAAAGACAUGGACAGCAACUGUAAGAACAAUCUGAAACGGGUGCUCAAAGCUUUGUGAAUUAGUAAACAGAUGGUAGAAUUAAGCAGUUCGUAAAUUAUGUACCACCUUAGCUGGAAAAUUAAAUUAUACUCCGUUUCAAAUAUAA